CAAGGCAACUCGUGGAUCGUGUGCUGCUCACCCCUUCGCGCACCAAGUCGGUCCCGCGAAUCAUCAUUCACGUUCGUCAAUCGUCAAUCCCGGAUCCCUUCUGUUUGUCGGUGGCGCGCGCGCCGGUGCAUCCGUAUUUUUUUUUUUUAAAUCGCGACUACCGAGAACACCCUUUUCGCCAUGGAGGAAAGUUCGCCGAACAAUGUGAAGAGCCCUCGCGUGCCGUGAAAGGCGCGUUUUCGCAAAGUGAAGUUUCGACUGAGCGAUGACGAGGUCGACGACCGUGCAGGUCGUUCUCGCGGAUACCUUCGAAGACUCUCUGGUCCUGUUGGAUGCCACGUUCGCGAACAGUAGCGAGAUCGACCUAGAGACGACGACGAGCGCGAGUCCCGCCAGAAGCCAGGACGAUGAAGGCGAGCUCAACAAUUGGUGGGCGAUGCUGGCGCUCGUCCUCGUGCUAGGAACGGCCGCCGGAAAUAUCCUGGUGUGCCUGGCGAUCGCCUGGGAGCGGCGGCUGCAAAACGUCACUAAUUAUUUCCUGAUGAGCCUGGCCAUCACGGACCUUAUGGUCGCCAUCUUGGUGAUGCCGUUGGGCAUCCUUACGCUAGUUCGAGGAUACUUCCCGCUGCCGCCGGUUUAUUGCCUCGCCUGGAUCUGCCUCGACGUGCUGUUCUGCACGGCGAGUAUUAUGCACUUGUGCACUAUAAGCGUGGACCGUUACCUGAGUCUGCGCUACCCGAUGAAGUUUGGACGUAACAAGACCAAGAAGCGAGUGACCCUGAAGAUCAGCUUUGUAUGGAUCCUCAGCAUCGCCAUCAGCCUGCCUCUCAGCUUGAUGUACUCAAAGGAGGACGACUCGGUGCUGGUGGACGGAGCCUGCCAGAUUCCCGAUCCUCUCUACAAAUUAAUCGGCAGCAUAAUCUGCUUCUACAUUCCGCUGGUGGUAAUGCUGCUGACGUAUAAGCUGACGGUGAACCUGCUGGCGAAGCAGCAGCAGAACAUCGAUGGGACAGGAGCAGGUUGGUCAUCGGGAUGGCUGGGUGCUCCUCAGGGCGCACCCGCCGCGACAGGUCUCGAUCGGCGAGGUACCUGGCGACGGUUUCUCCUGAACAAGAGUUCCGGCGGCAGCGGCGGCACGCCGCAACACACGUCCGGCACGUCGACCGACACCGAGCUGACCACCCUCGACACCCACGAGCUUUGGCUGCCGGAAAGCGAGCCGCCACCCUCGGCCAUGUCCGCCCUUCACGCCUUCGGCGCGGAGAUGCUCAAGCUGUCGAGGGGCCUCGAGGGGAUGGCCGGCAGCCCCGGAAGUCAGGUCCCGUCGCGAUCGACGCUCCACCAUCAACAUCAGCAUAAUCAGCAGCAGCUGCAGCUACAGCACACACCGUCGUCGCGCAAGUGCAGCUUUCGCAACGGGUAUGCCGUGUAUUGCAAAUCAGCUAUAGUGUCGCUGGAUCUUUCUACAAGUCUCUUCUGUCAUUGAAUUAUUCUGUCACCUACAUUGUACAAUUUACUUAAGCUAAGUUUUAUAAUCGUCGAAUGUGUAUGCAGAGAGCUGGACGUU